GUGCUAGAGCUGCCUGGCUCUUGCCUGCGUGGCUGCGGGGCAUUAGGACCCGGAGGUUGCUGAGCGGAGGAGGCUGAAUCCAUCCCCUCCCACUGUCAUCCUGCUGCCUCUGCAGCUUUAUUCCUCAUCUCCUUCAAUGGUGGCUGACAGCCUCCCGCUCGGGCGGGCAGACACAGCGAGAAGGCCUCGCUAGGACUGGUUCCCAGCGCCUCCAUGGCAUCCCCCAGGACUAUCACCAUAGUCGCCCUCUCGGUGGCCCUGGGGCUCUUCUUCGUCUUUAUGGGGACCAUCAAACUGACCCCCCGGCUCAGCAGAGAUGCCUACAAUGAGAUGAAACGAGCAUACAAAAGCUACGUGCGGGCUCUCCCCAUGCUGAAGAAGAUGGGAGUCAGCUCCAUCCUCCUCCGCAAGAGCAUCGGUGCCCUAGAAGUGGCGUGCGGCAUUGUCAUGACACUGGUGCCCGGUCGCCCCAAAGACGUGGCCAACUUUCUGCUCCUUCUCCUUGUGCUGGCCGUGCUCUUUUUCCACCAGCUAGUGGGGGAUCCACUCAAGCGUUAUGCCCAUGCUCUAGUCUUUGGGAUCCUGCUUACCUGUCGCCUGCUGAUUGCCCGCCAGCCGGAGGAGCAGCCGCCAGAGAAGAGGAUCCUGUCAGUGAAUGGAGAUGAACAGCCACUCAUCAAUGAAGCAGCUCCUGAGAAAGGCAAAAUGAAGGUAUCCUAGUUGAGUGCAUGUCAGAAAUACGGACCCUCGAGGCAGCUCUCUCCAGAAAACCACCCAGAAAAAAUUGUUUUUUAUUUACCUAUUUAUAUUUUUUGUCUGUCUAAAUAAAGUUGCACUUGGGGUCUGAGAGACACA